AUGAGUACCUUGGAAAGCAUAUCAAAUAAUUUAAAUUUGUGUUCCAAUGAAUCAAGGAAAUUAAUAAAAACAAAUAAUCCUUAUCGUAAACUUCACAAUUCGAAUUCUUUCAAUUCAGAGAUGAUUAAUGCAUUUAAUAAUGAACAGUAUUACACUAAUUCUAACAAUAAAAUUAAUACUACUACUACUACUACUAGUAACAGUAACAAUCUUAUUAGUAAAGAUGAAAUGAUCGAAUGUUCAAAUGAUAAUAGUGUUGAAUCAAAUAAAUUAAAUCCUAUUUUAGCAAUAGCUAGUCAUCAAUGGUUUGAUAGAUUAUUUCCGUCCAAUUCAUAUGCAAAUAAUCAUUAUCAUCAUCAUCAUCAUUCUCAUCCUCAUCCUCAUCCUCAUCAUCAUCAUAACAAUAAUAACAGUAAUCAGCGACCAUAUUGUCAUCAUAAUCAUCAUCAUCAAUUAUGUUUAAAUUUUGAAUCAUCUCAAGAUCAUUUUGGACGUACGCGAUUAAAUUCCAAUUAUUCAGGAUGUUGUCAAACAACCGAAGAUAAUUUACUCACAACUCAAUCAAUUAUUAAUAAUUUGGAAUUGACUAGAUUUAAUGAAAUGCACAAUUGUAACAAAACUAUUGAUGACAAUAGAAAUGAUAAUAAUAUUGAAAACAACAAUGAAAUCAACGAAACCAAUGAUGUGAUAGAUGAUCGUACAGAAACUGAUUUUAAUAAAAAUACCAAAUAUGGUUAUAAUUCGACAGAUGAUGAUGAUAAAAGUCCAAUAAAUUCAACUCAGUUUAAAACUCACUCAUCGAAUUUAGAUUAUGAAACUGAGUUAAAUUAUAAUACAACAAAUCAAUUUACAAAUUAUUCCACUUAUUUAACUGAAUUUGAUAAGAAUGAACUGAUAGAAAUGGAAAAUAAACAGCACAUUUUAAAUAGUGAUGGAAAGAAUAACAAUAACUCUACAACGAGUAGUAGUAAUAAUAGCAAUGUUUGUUCUGAUUCAUUACGUGCAAAGGGGAUAAGUGAACUGAAUGAAAACUCAAAGAAAUCACGUUUAUAUUUGGGUAACGAAUGUAAAACAAAGCAAAUAAAUGGUAGUUAUAAAUUAAACAACUCAAUAAUUACCGAUAAAAGUUACCAUACAUCAUUUGAAAGUGAAGAAAUCAGUGAUUCUUGUUUAAAUCCAAUGACAAUAAACAAUGAGAACCUUAAAUUGUAUAAUGAUCGAUCAACUACAAAACCAUUCCAUAAGUCAUCAUCAUCCUCUCCACAGCAAUCGAAUUCACAAAAAAUGUUGAAUAAUGAAACCGUAACUACAACAUCUUUAUUAGAUUGGCAUUCAACACCUGGAAGUGAUGUAAUAGAUAAGAUCAAGCCAGAUAAUAAUAAUAAUAAUAAUAAUGAAAGGUUAUUAUUAGGUUAUAAACCUCAGUUUGGUGAUCAAAGUUCAGUUUCAGUCUAUAAUGGCUCAUCGUUUAUAAAUAAUACCAGUAAAAUUAAUAAUAAAAAGAACAAUACUUAUGACAAGUUCGUCAAUCAAACAGAUGACCAUUCACCACCAUUAUCUUAUUCAUCUCAAUCAACAGAUAAUUUAAACGACGAUUCAAUACGAACCAGUCAUCAACAUAGUUUGCAUUCACAACCUCAUCCAAAUGACAAAUCACUGUCAAAUUUCAAUCAUGAAUGUAUAUGGAAAGAAAGCAAUCAUCAUAGUAGUGAUUCUUUAAGUUUUGAUAAUGAAAUUAAUUAUAUUAAAAAUCAGUGGAAUUCAAAUCAUAAUUUACUUAUUAAUAAAUUACGUUUUCAUAGUAACAUCACAACUUCAAGCAGUACAUUACCUGUCGCUACUAAUAACACUAGCAAUGAAUUAAACUUCAAUGAACGUACUGGUAGUUUUGACUCAAUGAUUCCAUGUAUAUCACACAAUUUUUUAACCAAUUUCACUAGAACGUCGUAUGAUAAUAUUCAGUCAAAUUCUACACAAGAACAUUUAUAUGGUCUACCAUCUAGUCACUUGAAUACAAACGGAAAUUUAAUGGGUAGUUUUACAGGUACUAAUCUUUUCAAUAUAGAUGGCGGUAAUCAUCCUGCAUCAACGUCAUCCAAUACUCACAAUAAACUUGAAGAUGAAUACGAUUGUGUAGAAGAACACUGUUUAGGCACAUAUAAUCAUUCUCACCAACAACAUCAGCAUCAUCAUACCCAUAAUCAAUUUAUGGGUAGUAACUGUGGUAACUGUGAUUACAACCUAAACUUUCGUAAUGAUCUCACCCUAGCAACAGGAUCAACAACAAAUAAUUUCAAAACAAGUUUAAACUGUUAUUUAUUACCACCUAUGAAUGGUUUUAACGAUAAUGCCGCGAACACUAAUCAUUCUCAAUUGACCGACGGUGUAGUAGCAUCGGACUUUAAGACUCGUUUAAAUUCGUCAAAUGGGUAUCCUCAAAAUUUUGCACAUUCUGCUAUUUUAGGAUGUAAUCAUUCUAAUUCAUCUAUUUAUCGUCAUCCAGUUGAACUGGACUAUAAUCCAAGAGAGCUGGAAGCAUUUUCUGAAUUGUUCAAACAAAGACGUAUUAAACUUGGUGUAACACAGGCUGAUGUUGGUAAAGCACUAGGUAACUUAAAAAUAUCUGGUGUAGGAUCAUUGUCUCAGUCAACUAUAUGUCGUUUUGAAUCAUUAACUCUAUCACACAAUAAUAUGGUUGCAUUGAAACCUGUUCUACAAGCAUGGCUUGAAGAAGCUGAAGCUGAAGCAAGUUCACGUUUGAAUCAUCCAAGUAUUUAUGAUUUGGAUGAAGAACGAAGACGUAAACGAACAUCAAUAACCGAUUCGGAAAAACGAUCACUUGAAGCAUUUUUCAGUAUUCAACCACGUCCGUCAUCGGAAAAAAUUGCACAGAUUGCAGAAAAAUUAAACUUAAAAAAGAAUGUUGUCAGAGUUUGGUUUUGUAAUCAAAGACAAAAACAAAAACGAAUGAAAUUCUCUACACUUGGCAUGUUGCAUCAUUCUGCAACUCGAACAUGAGCUAGACAGACCAUGUAGGCCAAAAAAAUGGUAAAACUACUAGCACGACAACAGAGAAAAGUUUCAUCAAUAGUAUUUAUUACUGACAACAAACCAUCAAUCGAUUUCUAUCACUAUUGAUCGAUCAUUUUCGCUAUGACCCCACCACCAUUGUCGUUAAUAUGAAUAACUAACUAUGUACCGACAUUUAGUUGAUUUUUG